AUGUCCCUGCCCAGGAGAAGGAGGGGGAGUCCAAAGAGACGCGGGGAGUGGUCGAGGACGGCGAACAGAGCGUGACCAGCCACGAUGACCGCAUCGGGGACGACGACCUGGACGACGAGUCCAUCUUCACUUGUGACAACUGCCAGCAGGACUUUGAGUGCUUGGCUGACUUGACCGAGCAUCGCACCAACCUCUGCCCUGCAGAUGGCGACGAUGACCCGGGGCUCUCCUGGGUGCCCUCGUCCCCCUCCAGCAAAGACGUGGCGUCGCCCUCGCAGAUGCUGGGCGACGGCUGCUGCGACCUGGGCAUGGGCACGGGCGGCGAGGAGGAGGGCGGCUCGGGCCUGCCGUACCCGUGCCAGUUCUGCGACAAGUCCUUCAGCCGCCUGAGCUACCUGAAGCGGCACGAGCAGAUCCACAGCGACAAGCUGCCCUUCAAGUGCACCUUCUGCAGCCGCCUGUUCAAGCACAAGCGCAGCCGCGACCGCCACGUCAAGCUGCACACGGGCGACAAGAAGUACAGCUGCCAGGAGUGCGAGGCGGCCUUCUCGCGCAGCGACCACCUCAAGAUCCACCUGAAGACGCACAGCUCCAGCAAGCCCUUCAAGUGCAGCGUGUGCAAGCGAGGCUUCUCCUCCACCUCCUCGCUGCAGAGCCACAUGCAGGCGCACCGCAAGAACAAGGAGCACAAGGACCUGAAGGACCAGAGCGGACGCAAGUCUGGAGGAGCAGGAGGAGGAGGAGGAGGUGGGGGCGGGGGAGGUUCGGCCGGGUCGGGAGGCUCGGACGGCGGGGCGGACGCGGAGCAGGACCUGUACAUGUGCGACUACUGCGAGGAGACGUUCGGCCAGACGGACGAGCUGGAGCGCCACGUGGUCACGCGGCACCCGCAGCUGUCGGACCGCGCCGAGCUGCAGUGCAUCCACUGCCCGGAGAUCUUCUCGGACGAGGGCGCGCUGCUGUCGCACAUCGACCGCGCGCACGCCCACCGCAAGCACAAGUGCCCGGUGUGCGCCGAGCACUUCCCCUCGGUGGAGGACGUCUACUGCCACCUGGACAGCCACCGGCAGCCGGACUCCAGCAACCACAGCGUCAGCCCCGACCCCAUGCUGGGCAGCGUAGCGUCCAUGAGCAGCGCCACGCCCGACUCUAGCGCCUCGCUCGAGCGCGGCUCCACGCCCGACUCCGCCCUCAAGGUCCUCCUGCCCGGCCGCCGCAAGCUGGCGCCGUCCUCGUCCGACCCCGACGACUGGGCAACGGCAGCGGCGGCAUCAUCCGUGUCCGGCGGCAAGGUCACCUACAGCUGCCCGUACUGCUCCAAGCGCGACUUCCACAGCCUGGCCGUGCUGGAGAUCCACCUGAAGACCAUCCAC